CCCUAAAGUCUGGAAGCAAUCGUUCUUCUUGGAAUGCGCUUUGCGCCUACGAAUUCCCGGGCGCUGGAAUGGCGAGUGAUGAGAAUCUCCAUGGAGCGCAAGGCAUCAGCGAGCUCUGCCAGCGCCUAGGCCCCGGGUGGACGUGCCAGGGCAGCGAGACCUCCACUGGCUUCUUCGUGGAGCUCCUCAAGUCCAACGCCACGCCAGUAGUCCCGCGAUCCACUCCAAGGCACUGCCCCAGCCUCCUCCUCGCCCAGGAGGAGCAAAGGUGGAGAUUUGGCACUCGAGCCUUUGCCUAUUGCCUGGGACUGGCCUAUUGCUUCCUGGGACUGGCAGUGAUCACUCGCGUCUACAUGAGAGCUCUGGAUUCCAUCGUUCGCCACAGCAGGAAAUCGGUCCACAGGGAUCCCAUCACUGGGCUUAGAAUUUUCAGCGAGAGGAGGAUCUGGAAUCCCACCGUCGCGGACAUCACGCUCCUCGCGCUGGGAACUUGUGCUCCACAGGUCUCGCUCGCGGUGAUUGAUGCCUGCCAACACAUUGGACAAACUUCUGGCAAGCUUGGAGCUGGAACGCUGCUCGGAUCGACGGCAUUUAACUUGUUCUUGAUACUCGCGGUUUGCGUCGUGGCUCCCAAACGCUUCCAGACCAAGUCGAUAAGGAACGUUGGAGUUUAUAUCAUCGAAGUUGUUUGGUCUUUCUGGGCUUACGUCUGGCUCUUUUUGAUCUUGGAGAUCUGGACUCCCAACGAGAUCACUCUCUGGGAAGCAGUCUUGACAGUGGCACAGUUUCCACUUCUGGUUCUUCACGCUUACGUCCAAGACAGGAACUGGAAAUAUUUGUCAAUACCACUGAGAGAGUCGGACGCUAUCGAAAGCUCGGACAUGAACAACUUACAUGAGCUCGCCAACGUUUCUCGGAGCUCCAAGUUCGCGGCCAUGAGAUAUAUCGAAGGCUCCGAGUCGUCAGCUGCGAAGGCAGCGGUCUUGCAUUUCACUGAUGGCAGCGCGGAUGUUUUCGAAGACGUUGAUACGAGCAGCAGAGACAACUUCGCGUUUCUGAGAGAGGGAGCCGAAACCGAGCAUUUCUCUUGGAAAGCUCUGGGUACCGCGUGGAAGAACCAGUUUUACGAUGCCAUGACCGUAAGCUUCUUCGGUUCCCUCGACUUUUUUGCUGAACUUUGUUUUCGAUGUCAGGUAGCUAGCAUCGAAGAGGGUCGUGGUCAAAGGAAGCGCACUCCCUCGACGCUCCAGUUGCUACUCCAUCCCAUUGUCUCUUACUGGAAAGUCAGCUUUGCUUUCAUUCCCCCCGUUCAACUUCUUCACGGAUGGCUCGCGUUUCUGGGCUCCAUUUGCUUCAUUACAUGGAUCUCCUACGUCGUUGUCGAGCUCUCAAAUCGCAUCAACUGCGUGACAGGAAUCAGCUCCUACGUACUGGCUUUGACGGUGUUGGCGGCAGGAACGUCCCUUCCAAACCUUAUGGCGAGUAAGAUCGCUGCGGAGGAAUACGACACUGCGGAUUCAGCCAUAGCAAACAUCAAUGCGAGCAAUUGUAUCAAUGUUUACGUGGGAUUUGGCGUCCCGUGGUGCGUCUCAGCACUCUAUAGCACGGGCUUCCAUCAGAAUCUGGUGGUUCCCGUAGAGGGAUUGAAAUUUUUGCUCUCGGUCUAUUUCUCCACGGCAAUAAUGUGCUUCGUUGCUCUUACAGCGAGGCGACGUCUUCUGGGAGGAGAACUAGGUGGACCCCGGAAAUGGGCUUGGGCUUCUGCCAUCUUCUUUUUCCUUCUCUGGAUCACAUUCUUGACGCUUGCUUGUUUGGCAGGCAGAUUUACGUGAUCUGUUGUAAAAAUAAGCCAUCAAUUACACAUAGAAUCAAUUCUUUUGCCA